AUAACAUAGCAAGUUAGCCUCUUGCUUUGUUAUUAGGACAAAAGCCCCAAACCACAUCUAAAAGGAAUCACUUUAUGCAAACCCCACAAGUAUUCCUUUCCCUCCAUCUUUCACAUAUAUAACCUUCCACCUUCAUCAAUUUCCAACCCAAAUCUUAAACACACACUCAAAAGUCAAAAAUUGAAUUAACAAACUCCAAAAACAUCAUCAUCAUCAAUAAUCAUGUCUUUGAGUCCUCCAAGAGAGAGAACAAACAACCAACGUAGAAACUUUCAACUCUACUAUUGCUUCCAAUGCAACCGUACGGUCCGCGUUGCACCAUAUAACUCCUCUGACUUGAUAUGCCCCCGUUGCUUCGGCCAAUUCAUAUGUGAAAUAAACAUUCCAAGACCAAGACUUGUCGUAGACUUCACCGCACAUGAUCCUUCCCCAGAAGCGCGUUUACUAGAAGCACUUUCCAUCAUGCUUGAUCCACCCAUCCGUCGCUUUAACCCAGAAACCCAAACCCGACGCCCACGUCGUGCCACACAAGAAGUUCCAGUGCGCCGUCGCACAGGAGAUCAUCACCCAAUCCAAACACAAACUGAACCUGAACCCGGGAUCCAACACCGUCCACGUACAUGGGUGAUUCUACAACCUGUGGAUCCUUCUUCCAAUUCCGAUUCAAACACGUUUCAACCGGUGAUUUAUCCAGGUGGACGACAAGGACCAAUUCCACGUGGCGUUGAUUCAAGAGACUAUUUUUUCGGACCGGGUUUUAACGAACUAAUAGACCAAAUAACGGAAAACGACCGGCAAGGUCCACCACCGGUGCCGGAAAGAGGUAUAAACGCAAUUCCAACAGUGAAAAUAGAAAGCAAAAAUCUGAAAGAGAAUUCUCACUGUCCUGUUUGUCAAGAAGAGUUUGAAAUUGGUGGUGAAGCGAGGGAGCUUCCAUGUAAACAUAUAUAUCACUCUGAUUGCAUUGUUCCUUGGCUUAGACUUCACAAUUCUUGUCCAAUUUGUCGUCAAGAGAUUCCUGUUUCUUCUGAUGAUGAUGAAGAUGAGUGUGGUGAUGAAGGUGGUGGUGGUGGAGGUAGGUUACAAAGGUGUUUGAGGUGGACAAGAAUUUCGUCUCUUUGGCCUUUCCAUGGCAGGUAUCGGAGAGUUCAUCCCCAAAGAGACAAUGGUUCUGGUUCUGGUUCUGCUUCAAGAAUAAGGGACUCUAAUCCAAGGCGGCAAUCUUGCUGCAUUCUGUAAUCCGUCCAAAGAUUUACUGCAACUCGAGGCUUAAUGCUGAUUAUGAAUUGCAGCAGACAAGUUACAGGCACGAGUAAGUUACUACAGAUUGAACUUGGAUAUAAUGCAUUUUUUACCAAACAAGAAAGUGUAAAUGUUGCCAAAAUAAGAUAUUAGUUACCAUGUUAUAUCAAUGUGUCUGCUGCAAGUAUUUUUUUUUUUAUAGAAUUGUGACUUUCUUUGCACGUCUCUCUUCCUUUAAAGCGUAGGACA